AUGGCCGCUGAUACUCGAGAAGACGCGAUCUCCAAGCCACCUGUGCCUUCUAAACCAACGACGUCUCCAUCCAAAGGCACUGCCCACGAACCAUACGCCGUUCCUGUAGCACCACCUAAUGCUAAUGCUUUACCUGGAGGUGCUGGUUUGAACACCGCAGGUGGACGAACGAAAGAGGCUGGCUACUUUGACGCCCUGAGAAGCAUCCAAUUCAGCGACUUCCAGGAAGUACACAAGAAGCCCUGCGUCCGUGAUGCGUUAUUGACAGGCAUUGGUGGCGGGUUUGGAAUAGGUGGCGUCCGUGCUGUCUUGGGUGCCUCUGUGUGGACAACAUGCAACUCCGCGGUUGGGUCGUUCGUAUUCGGGUCGUUCUUGAUGUACGAAUAUUGCCAGAGGAGGAGAUACUUAGAGAUGCAGGGAAUGAAGAGGGCCGUGGAGGUAAUCGACCGGAAGCAAGCAGAGAAACAAAAGAAAGCCGAGGAGGCCAGAGCAGCACGGAGGAAGGCCAAGGAAGAGAGCUAG